AUGGGGCAUUCUGGAUGCGGGGCAGCCUGGGCGGCAGCCUCCGCCCGCACGCUUGCGCGGCGGCUGCGGCGGGUGCAUCGGCGUGCCAUCGGGGAGUCGCGGGCGGCGGCGCUGGCGUGGCGUGCGGCUCACUGGCAGCUCGCCGACCGCGUGGGCGCCCACGCUCCCAAGUUCGGGGAGACGAUCGCGGCCGCGCGGGUCCUCGGGGCGACGCAGCUGUUUCCUCCGGGUGCGAUCCUGGCGAUCGACCUCGAGGCGCAGUUGGCUGCAGGGGCUGUGCAGAUUUCGCCCGCGCCGAGCACUGGCGACGGCGAGGGCGACGGCGGCUCGGGCCUUUCUGCCUCUGAGCGGAGCCUGGCGGCGGAGUUCGGGGGCAAGACGGGGCAGGACGAGCUGGAGAGCGUGGACGCGGUGUGGGAGAGCGACGUCGCUGUCGAGGUCUGCGUCGCCGAGCCCGCCGCGGAGCCCUGCCAUCCCGCGGGGCCACGGGCGCGCCGGCGGUCAGGCGCCCUGCCGUGCCGGUCGCGGCGCACGCCGCUGCGGGGCGGGGCCGUGCCGUACGUCCCCCUCAGCCUGCGGAGCUGCGUGGCGACCGCCGAGUCGGUGGUCGAGGCGUUGGGCUGCGGGCCCCUGGCUCCUGCGGACAGGGUAGGUUGUGCGCCGCUGCCUCCCGUCUUGGGACAUGCUAGUGCAGAGCGUGGUGCUAGCGGUCGUGCCAGCGUGGACGGCAGUGCUGAUGCCAGCGAUGCUGGCUCUUCGAGGCCGUCUACGCGUGGGCCAGUCGAGUAUGCCGACGACGUCGUGCCGCACCUGGGCGGUUGCUGCGUCGGCAGCGACGACAUCGUGGAGGGGCCCGUGGGAGGCUCGGCCAUCGAGCACGCUUUCGGCAUGGAGCCCCUGGUCGCGGACUCCGUCGGCUGCACGGCGGGCGAUGGCCACGCGGGCUCGGAGUGCGGGUUCGUGUCAUUCCUGGACGACUUCUCGGUGGCGGCGGUGGCGCGUGCGGCCCAGGGGCCGAAGUCGGGAGUUGAGUCGCUCCUGGACUGGGCCGAGGCCCGCGCCCUCGGCGUCCGCCUCGGCAGUGCAGGUUGUCCAGAUGCCGAGGCGCGGCCUGUCAGCCAGCGCGGCAGGGGCCACGGCGCGCUCCUCGCGGGGUGGCGGCAGCGGCAGCAGGCGCAGCAGGACGUGCUGGAUGUGCAGCUGCGGUGGGCCAAGCCCCAGGCGGAGAAGGACGGCUGGGCGGAUCAGCCGCGCGGGCGCCGUUCCCAGCGGCAGGCCCGCAGCGCUGCAACGAGCGCGGCCACCUCGAAGUCGCAGGCCUCGGCGUCGGGCGACAGUGGGGCGCCCAGCGGCAGCGGCGCCGCGGCGAUCGAGAGGCUGCAAGUGGCGGUCGAGCAGCUGGAGGCGCUGCAGGCAGAGCCGCCCGACGGGGUCGAUUGCUGCUUCGCCGACGUCGUCGCCAGCCAGCUGGAGGCCUUGCGCGCCGAGCUGGCCGAGGCCCAGCGGGCUGCAGCGGAGCAGAAGGCGUCCCCCAUGCCGCUGUCGACGAUGCUCCACAAGGAGGCGAACGCCAUCAGCAAGGCGGAGAAGCGCCUCCGAGCAGCGCGCCAGAGUCUGGAGCAGAAGCAAGCGGCGCGUGGCCUUGCCGAGGCCCAGCUGCAGAAGGCCCAGGAGGAGCUGGCGCAGCUCGACGCGGAGGUGGAGGAGGCCAGCCGUGCGCCCCACGUCCUCAAGGAGGAAGCCCGAGCGGAGGCCGCUGCGCAGCUGCGGCAGCGCGCGGCCGAGUGGGCAGGAGCCAGCCAGGUCCCAGGGCUCCUCAUGCAGCUGGACAAGCUGCCCGAGGCGUGGGGCUCCAGCAACUUCGAGGUGGCGCGGGCGGCCAUUCGCUCCCAGGUGGAGGCGGUGCGCGCGCAGCUCGCCGAAGCCCCUGCGGUCCCGAGGAGAGCACCCUGGGCGGAGUCGCGCCGCAUGGGCGGGAUCAGCAGCGAGAACGGCGACCACGCAGGAGGCUGCAGGCUGAGGACCUGGCCCCUCUUGCUGCUCGCCCUGCUGGCCGCGCCGCUGGGAGUCGCGGCGGAGGCGAGAGGCCACGGCAGUCGUGCGCGUAGCCACGCCAGUGGCGCUAAGCCUAGGCAGCAGGAGGGCGGCGGCGCCAAAGCGGCCCGCAUCGGCGGCAAGCGGCCCCUCGACCUCGGGGGCGCGCAGGCCCCACCAGCGCCAGGCCAAGCUGCGACGGCAGCUCAGGAUGUCCGCUGCGGGCUGGAGGAGCCCCGCCUGGCUCUGCACCGCCUGGAGGAGGCCAGAGGAGCAGCGCGGCGCAUGGGGUAUACGACGUUCCCCCACGCGUCGGCGCCCGCGGACAAGGAGGGCCCGCUGGCGAACUCAGGCGUCGUCGCAGCCUUGAGGCAUUGCUUGACUGGAGUCACAGUGUCCACUGCGUCAGGUUUGCAGCUGCGGGCGGGCUCGCUGCACCUCCAGGGCGCCCUGGGACCCGAAGGCUUCAACCUCGACAUCUUCGCCGCCUUCGGCGACGCGGUGCUCUACCAGAGACCGCAGUUCAUGUCCGUCGUGGGCCUGGCCACCGAGUCGUUCAGCACCAAGGGGGCAGUUUUGGCGGGGCCGCUGGCUGUCGCUCGCAACGUCGUCGGCGACAUCGCGCUGCAGGCCGUGGGCACGGAGCAGCUGGUGGCCGCGCGGCUCGGCAGCGCUGGGCUGGAAGUGGCUCGCCGCCUCCUCGCUUCGAGCCCCAGCCUAGGAGCGCUUCGCCGAGCGCGCAGGCUGGACCCGAUCCACAAGGAUGGGCCCACGGCCUGCAUGGCGUGCGGUCGCACGGUCACGGGCAACGCGGACGGCGAGCUACACAGAUGGAGGUUUGCGGCUUGCCGCAGCGCAGGAGCGCCCCCCAUGGGUGCGGAGCGAGGGCUGCGCAGGCGCUGUGCCGAGCUCAGGGGGGGGCGCAACCUGGAUCCUGCAGCCCUCACGGCAGGCCACGCAGUCCAGAUGAUGGCGGGCCUGCUGCAGGCAGGCGAGCUGCCGCCCAGGAUGAUGGAGCGGGGGCUGGAGGCGGCGGCGACCAGGCGCGCAAGAGCUGACACGCCAUGGAAGCACUGCGCCUCCCCCUUCGACGCGGUGGUGCUGACCCGUGCGCGGAUCGACUGGCACUUCAAGCCCGAGCGGUGCAUGGUCACGGACCUUGGCGAUGAGCUCGACCUCAUGCACCUCGGAUCUCGUGAGCUGGGCUUGGAGGCUGGCCUUGGCGCUCGGCGCGCGUCCGUUCGUCGCGAGACGCGGAAGCUCAGACACGACGCCCGCCUGCAACGGCCACCGCACUGGGGCGCCAUCGGGCGCCUGCUCGGGCCAGACGGCGGGCCCAGAGUGAGGGGGCAGAACGUGCUCGGGGCCUGCAUCUCCAACGCGCACUGGACGCAGGCCAGGCUCCUCGAUGCAGGUGAACAGGGGCAUGCGCGCUGCUGCUGCUGCGGAGCAGAGAGAGGCACCUUGUGGCACCGCCUGUUCGGCUGCCCCGUGCUCGAGGCCCAGCAGCGCGACGGAGUGUCGGCACGGCUGAAGCAGCGCGCAGAACGAGCGCGGGCCCUAGGCGAGCGCGCAGGCGACAACUUCGGCCGCUGCUGGCUGCCCCCACCAGAGCCACCGCAGGGUCGCCGCACCGACGCCAUGUGGGUGCAAUGUGUCUGCAGGCCAGCCGAUGAUAAGCUCAACGGCAAGCUGUACCUCGAUGGCUCGGCGCGCGAGCCGCAGUACAGCGCCUUGCGCUGUGAGGCCUGGGCCAUUGCGCAGUGCGACGACGACGGCGACCUGGUGGCAGGGGUCUACGGCACCGUCUGGCGCGACCGCUGCCCGCAGCAGACGGCCAAGGACGGCGAGGACUUGGCUGCCUGGAUGCUCGCCACCCUUGCGAGGCCAGCAGUGCAGAAAGUCAACAUCGGCUUCAGCUCCGCAGUGCCCUGCCUGCGGAGAGGGCGCGUGUACGCCACCGCGCCCAGCAGGGCGAACGCCCGCCUAUGGGGCAGGAUUCUGGCAGCCUUCGAGCCAGGCGCUUUCGAGGUGAAGAAGGUGCCAGCCCCCUGUUCGAGGCAGGCAGUGCUCGACGGGCUCCUGACGGAGGCCCAGAGGCGCGGCAACGAGCACGCCGACCGCCUCGCCGAGAUGGGCGCCCAGACGCAUGCAGUGGACAGGCUGACGGUUGGCGUGCACCAGGCGCUGGCGGAGAUCGCGCAGGAGCUCGGGCGCUGGAUCUGGUGGGCCGCCAUCGUCGGGCAAGGCAUCGAGGCCAGGGGCCGCGAAGGGCCCCCUCCUGCUGCUGCGCGGCGCCAGGCGCGUUUCGCUGGCGCCGAGGUGUCUCAGGCAGCGGAGAACGCCACGGGCGAGGGGCCGAUGGCCAAGCGGCGACGCCUGGAGAGCGCCCGCUCGACAGGCAGCAGCUCGGCAGCCCUUUCGGCCAGUGCAGUGGCCUUCAGCAUCCUGGGACAUGCCCUGUCCUAUGCCUGCGCUGGAGAAGGUGAGGGCACCCAGGAGCUCGUGGCAUGCUCCAAGCGCGGCGCCUACAUGACGCUGGGCGGCCGCUCAGGGGUUAGGCCUCGCGACAAGGAGCGGUGCCCAGGCGACAGGAUCGACGAGGGCGGCAGGAACCAGCGCAGCCUGUGGCUACGAGGGCUCCAUCCAGGAGGCAGGAGGCAGGAGGGGUCACGAGCUGCCAGGCGCAGAGCGAAAGGAGAGGGCACCCCUGCGCUGCGCUCGCAGGGUCCAGCGCCUGAGCACGCGCAGGAGCGGUACCUGGAGUGGCUUGGCACUGCAGCGGAGCCAGCUGUAGACUCCUCGACCGCUGCGAGCAGUGCAGGCAACGCCCCAGCGGCAGCUGCGGAGCCGCAAGUGGCAGCGGGCCCAGGAGAGGCCCCAGCGGAUGCGACCGUCGCUGCGGCCGCUGCCAGCCGGCCCUUGCGGCGCCCAGCCGCAGCGAGAGCUGGGCGCCUCGGUGGUUUCGGGGUCACCGAGGAGGAGCUCGCCGCCGCUGCCGGCGCUGCAGGCGACGCCCUGGAGGACCGCAGGGUGCGCCGCCGCAUGGUGCGCCGUGGCGGCCCGACCGUGAGUGAGUGA